CUUUCCAUCUUGACACAUCACACGAGAACACAUUGCGAUUCGCGGCAGCAAGCAGGAGACCGACAUAUUCAUUUCUUGUCGUUCCUUAACUGGUGUUCUUCUUUCCAUUCCACGUCUGUGAGGUUUGAGAUAACAAACCGCCAAGAUGAGUGGCCUCCGAUUCCUAGACCUCAUCAAGCCCUUUACGCCGUUCCUCCCUGAGGUUCAGCAGCCGGAAACCAAGGUUCCAUUCAACCAAAAGUUGAUGUGGACUGGCUUGACGCUGUUGAUCUUCUUGGUUAUGAGCCAGAUGCCAUUAUACGGCAUUGUGUCCUCAGAUACCUCCGAUCCUCUCUACUGGCUGCGCAUGAUGCUGGCGAGUAACAGAGGAACUCUGAUGGAAUUGGGUAUUUCGCCAAUUAUCUCGUCCGGCAUGGUGUUCCAGCUUCUUGCUGGCACCCACCUCAUCGAUGUCAACCUUGACCUGAAGUCCGACCGUGAGCUGUACCAAACCGCUCAGAAGCUCUUCGCUAUCAUCCUCUCUAUGGGACAGGCCACCGUGUAUGUCUUCACUGGUCUUUACGGACAGCCAUCUGACCUCGGCGCUGGCGUUGUCUUCCUCCUCAUCCUUCAAUUGGUUGUGGCUGGUCUUAUUGUUAUCCUCCUCGAUGAGCUUCUCCAGAAGGGAUACGGACUUGGAAGCGGUAUCUCUCUCUUCAUUGCUACCAACAUUUGCGAGUCUAUCAUCUGGAAGGCGUUCUCGCCCACCACCAUCAACACUGGACGUGGCCCAGAGUUCGAGGGAGCUGUCAUUGCACUGUUCCACCUCCUCCUCACCUGGCCCAACAAGCAGCGCGCUCUCCAGGAGGCGUUCUACCGCCAAAACCUCCCCAACAUCAUGAACUUGAUCGCGACCCUCCUCGUCUUCUCCGCUGUCAUCUACCUCCAGGGUUUCCGUGUCGAGAUCCCAGUCAAGUCGUCCCGCCAGCGUGGCGCUCGCGGAUCUUACCCAGUCCGCCUCUUCUACACCUCGAACAUGCCCAUUAUGCUGCAGUCCGCCCUGUCUUCCAACGUCUUCCUCAUCUCCCAGAUGCUCUACUCGCGCUUCUCUGAGAACCUCCUCGUCCGUCUUUUCGGUAUCUGGGAGGCUAAGGAGGGAUCUGCCCAGCUCUUCGCUACUUCCGGUGUCGCAUACUACAUGUCUCCUCCAUUGAACUUCACUGAGGCGCUUCUCGACCCUAUCCACACCGCGGUCUACAUCGCCUACAUGCUCAUCGCCUGCGCCGUCUUCUCCAAGACCUGGAUUGAGGUUUCCGGCUCCAGCCCAAGAGACGUCGCCAAGCAGCUCAAGGACCAAGGACUCGUCAUGGCUGGCCACAGAGAGCAGAGCAUGUACAAGGAGCUUAAGAGAAUCAUCCCAACUGCCGCUGCUUUCGGAGGUGCUUGCAUUGGUGGUCUGUCUGUCAUGAGCGACCUGAUGGGAGCUCUCGGAUCUGGAACUGGUAUCCUGUUGGCUGUCACUAUUAUCUACGGAUACUUUGAGAUCGCCGCGAAGGAGGGCGACAUGGCCGGGAUGAAGGGUAUGAUUAUGGGCUAAUAGGGCAUUAUAUUUGGGAUGGGAAUAUACUGUCACAAUAAGGGACCCAGAAUCAGAGAUUCCUGGGGACCUAUGUAAAUCUAUGGCACAAAGCGUUGGGAUGGGAGUUUUAUUAUGACAAAAAAAAAAGGUUUAAAUGCAUUUGCGGUGGAUCGGGGACAUCUAUAUACUAAUAGACAAUACGCACACCCGUUUGUAUCUAUAUUACCCCGAACUGAGCGAAAGACCGCCCGCGCGUGCUGCCAAUUCAUUAUUUUGCACAUAA